AUGGCGUUUCCCCAGCCUAAUGCGCAAAGAGAAUUGACGAACCGAAAAAUAUUGGAGGAGCUCCAAUUAAAGAAGCAAAUGCUAUUGAAACAGGGUGCUGUAGCACCAUUAACAGCUACCUCUAUACCACUCACUCAACCAAACCCAGUUAGCCAGCUGCCUAUGUGUUCUAUUCCACCAGUAUCCGCUACUGCUGGUUUUCCUCAGUUACCAGAAGCAAAUAUUGUUAAUACUAGCCAUAGAGCUGCUCUGCAACACGCCAACGCCACCUCAUGUGGUUUCUUUGUGUCACAAGACUCCUCCUUUGAAGGGCAUUUACAAGACUUAUCAGGUUUUAUAAAGCCAAAGAUAGAGUAUGAACAAUAUGAAACCCCGCCACACAUAGCUGCUGUUGCUCUUUACACAAUGCAGACACAGUUUGAAGCACUUGAAAAUCAAUUAGUGCUUGAUGCGGGUUGUGGCCCCGGUAUUUUAGGAUUAGGUGCUGCUUUCUUGGGAGCAGGAUUGGUCACAGCAGUGGAUAUUGAUGAAGACGCCCUUGAUGUUUUAAGAGAAAAUAUAAAUGACACAGAAAUAAGUAAUAUAGAUGUAAUAAAGUGUGAUUUUCUUGUUUGUCAAAAGCACAGAUGGGAGAACUAUUUUGAUACAGUUUUAAUGAAUCCUCCAUUUGGCACAAAAAACAAUGCCGGAAUUGACAUGAAGUUUCUUCACAUGGGGCUCAACUUUGCCAGUGAUAGUGUUUAUUCCUUACACAAAUCAACAACAAGAUCACACAUCCAAAAGAAAAUCAAGGAGUGGGGUGUUAAAGGGAAUGUUAUUGCGGAGUUGCGAUAUAACUUGGCUGCAACCUACAAGUUUCAUAAACUCCAGUCCCGCGACAUCGCCGUAGAUUUAUGGCGUUUAAAACAUCCUCACACA